CUUUUGUCCGUGCCAUUCAAUCCAAUAUGCCUCGCCGCAAUCCAAGCGCUUCCGCUAGCGAUGAUACGCGCCGAGAGGCGCCGCUACAGGCCGUCCUCUUCGCGGACUCUUUCUCGGAGACGUUCCGCCCCAUCACGCUGGAGUUGCCUAAGGUUCUUCUCCCGCUAGCCAACGUCCCGAUGCUCGAAUAUUCGCUCGAGUUCCUGGCCUCUUCAGGUGUACAGGAAGUUCUGCUCUUCUGCACAGGCCACGCUGAAGCCAUCGAGCACUUCAUCGAGAACGAAUCGCAAGUGGCAAGGCGUCUCGACGUCACGUGUGUCAGCAGCCCCAGCUGCCUCACAGCGGGCGACGCACUACGCGAACUGGACCGGCGUCAACUGGUACAGAGCAACCCGUUCGUACUAAUGAGCGGCGACGUGGUGGCCAACGUGGACCUGCAGGCGGCAAUUGCCGAGCACAAAAGCCGUAAGAAAGCGGACCCGAACUGCAUCAUGACGAGCAUUUUUAAGGAACUACGACCCAAUUUCGCCACUAGCGUCCGGCCCCUGGACGCCGAGCUGGUUGUGGGCGUGGACGCCGCCACAUCGCAGCUCGUUCUGUACGAGGAUGAGCCCGAGCGACGCAGCACUCGUCUCGCCACGCUGUUUCUCGAGGAUCACGCCCAGAUCGCGCUCCGUAGCGACCUUCUGGACUGCUACUUGGACGUAUGUUCACCCGAGGUGCUGCUCAAAUUCGCUGAAGACUUCGACUAUCAAGAUUUGAGACGAGAUUUCUUGCACAAUGAGGUGCAGAACUACGAAUUGGGCAAAAAAUUCUUCGUUAAGGUCAUUACGGACGAGUUCGCGGCCAGAGUGAUGGACCCCAGGACGUACGCAGGUGUCUCGCAGGCGAUUCUGCAACGCUGGGUGUUCCCUAUGGUGCCUGAUGCCAACUAUCUCGGAGCAGGAGCAGUGACGCACUACGAAUAUCUACGCGGCAUGCGCUACAAGGACGCCAACGUGACGCUGGCCAGGACGUGCGACGUUCAGCGAGAGUGCAUCUUGGGAGCAGGAACGACGAUUGCAGAGCACACCCGUGUACGCAAGAGCGCCAUCGGUAAGGGCUGUGUGAUCGGCGAGAACGUGACGAUCGAGGGCAGCUUCUUGUGGUCGAAUGUCGUGGUGGAGGACGGCGCAGUGGUGACCAACGCCAUCUUGUGUGACAACGUGGUGGUGAAGCGUGGCGCUGUGAUUGGAGAGGGCUGCGUGCUCUCGUUCGGUGUGGUGAUUGGCGAAGGCUUCACGUUGCCGCCAUUCACGAAGGUGACGAAGAGUCUGGCACAAGUGGAAGACGAUGGGUUCUUCUCAGAUGACGACGAGGAGACGUCGGCUAAGCAGGAACAAGCGACAGAUAACACGCCGACUCAGUGGAACCCGAAGGAGGUUGGUGUGGGCGGCGUCGGACGCAUCUGGACGCUGGACGAGGACGACAUUGAAGUGGAUUCGGACAGCGAAGACGAGGACGAUGAGACGGAAGCGAAGAAGCAGGCGCGUCGUCUGGAGAAACUCAAGAGUACUCUCAUUGGAGCACAUGAUGUUGUGGCUAAGAAGAUGCACCGCUGGGAGGAAUGGGACACGCUCAGCUCGUCGGAGGAGGAAGACGAGGACGACGAUGAUCUCCUCGCAGAGGCCAACGCCACUGCGAUGGAAGUGCCGUUUCAACAGAUUAUCCGCGAGAACGUGUGCACUGGAGAUGCGGCAGGACACAACGUGGAUGAUCUGUUCAUGGAGAUCAAGAGUUUCAAGUUCGCUCAGAACCGGUCGUUUGCUGAGGUGAUUGGAGCUAUUAUUCCUGGUCUGUUGGACCUGAUCCCGACGGGUAAUGGACAAUCGGCGAUGACAAUUCUGGGCAAUGUGCAUGCCAAGUUCCAGAAGUGGAGCUCGGUGAUCCAGCGGUGUCUAGUGGAGCAGGAGGACCAGUUGGCUAUUGUGGACGCGCUCGAGGGCUACUGUGCUGAACCGGAAGAGCGUCGGGCUGUGUGGCUCCCGCUGUUCCGUUUUUUGUUGCAGACUGUGUACGAUCUGGAGUGGGUCGGUGAGGACGUGAUUCUGGAAUGGUACGAGGCCAAGCAGACAAAUGCAGACGAAGAGGAGACGUUGGAUGCUCUUGGGGCUGCAUCCCAGAAGGACGUGCAAGAGUUUAUCGACUGGCUACAGGAAUCUGACGAUGAUGACGAAGAGGAGGACUCUGAGGAGGACUUGGACGAAGAGUAGUCGGAUAGAUAUGAGCUUUAAGAACACGAUGUCAUGUGAUUGCCCUCUCAACCCGAGUAGGAUAUUGAAUGUGUGC